GCGCAAGUGCCCCUCGACCAGAUCCAGCGAACCCCCAGAAUCCAAGCCAAGCCGCGAUGUCCAAGACCUCCUCCGUUGACGCCGAGUCGCCGACCAAGUCCGAGUGCCUGGAGCUGUUCCGCGCGCUGAAGAACAAGGACGAGCUGUCGCGCUCGUGCAAGGAGAUCAUGCAGAUGAUCACGGCCAACGACAAGGGCGUGAUGGAGAGCGAGCCGCUCAACACGUACGGUGGCGCCCGCACCCGCAAUGGCAUCAGCCACGCCGCGCUGCAGCGCCGCUUCACGGGCAAGAUGUCGGGCGUCAGCCUCUCGGGAUAAGCGGGGGCGAGACCCCCCGAAUCCAGUCGAGUCGAGCCCAGCCCCACUCGUUGCGUAGCCUCCAUCACCAGUCAUAUGUAGUCAGGAGGAGAACCAUGUAGAGGGGACAACCUAGCCAGGGGCGGCCGGUGUCGUGUAUGAUCCCCUCACGAAGUCUCUAAACCCCCACAAACUUCAAUAUGAAAACACCAAUGACCCAUUUUC